CAACGUUCGACGUGUGCAGAUCAGAGCAAAGUUCAAAACGCUGGCGAACUCACAAAUUUUGUAUUGUUUAAAUAACUUGUGAAGUUUUUGACUGUAUUCUAGCUUGAUAAACGCCAAAAAAAAAUUCAAAUAAAACAAAACAAAAAUAGAGACAAUCUUUUUGCACGGUUUAAUCAGCUAAAGCAAACAAACUAAGAACAAUAAGCUAGGCUAGUCAGCCGCUUAAAUUAUAUAACAAAAGUAUUUAAUGGAUUUUAAGUGUCAGUGACUCGAUCAUAACCACAAGAAAAUAUAGACAAAAAAAUAAAUAAAAAACGAAAAAGAGCAACAAAAAGCUAAAUAUAAACAUAUACACACACACACACACGCGUGCUGUGUGUUGCUGUAUAAUCAGUCAAUAACAACUGGUGAUAAUAAAAGAACUUACAACAACAACAGCAACAACAACAUCUGAGCAGAGAACCAGAAUUUAAAUAAAACAAAGGAGCAGCAGGGCCCAAAAAUAAAAAAUUAAUAAAUAAAUAAAUUCGCGUUGAUAUCAUUCGUGUAUUUUUGUUCAAUUACACGGCAUACAAAUGGCAGCCUACCUGGAUCCUACCGGCCAAUAUUAAUAACAAUAUCUAGCUGCCUUAAGAAUUACACGAAUUCUCAGCCAUGGCCGCCUACCUGGAUCCCACGGGCCAAUACUAAAGCUUGCACUUUUCCAAAACGAAUUCGAUUUACACAAAAGAAAGGCUACAAAAUGUCGCUGGCAUUGGAUCCCACUGGCACCUACUAGCAUUGCAGGCUUUGGUCACACUUUUUGCUAGCAGCAGCAACAACAGCAACAGCAACAGCAACAUGCUCGAUCUGGAUCCAACGGGCACCUAUCGGCGGCCGCGUGAGUCGCGUGACACGCGCCACAAGCAGCGGCAGCUGGCGCUGGAUCCUACCGGGCAGUACUAGGCGCCGCCACGCCCACACAUCCAAACACCGCCUUUGCCUUAUCCAAAAAA